AGGUGGGGAGGAGCGAAAGUGAUGCCGCUACCAAGAAUGGUCAGAACGACACAAGGUCUCAUAUAUUUCUCAUGUACUUUACCUGUGCAUACUUGCAUUAUAUACAAAAAACUUCUGACUAUCGUGUAGUGUAUUGUUUUUCAAGUGUAAUUAUUAAAAAUUUAAAUGAACCCAACAAAUAUGACUCUAAAUUCAAUACUAUAAAGUGGAUUUUCUUACAAUAAAGAAAGUCAUUUGAUAAAUUCAAGAGUAUUUAUUGUAGAAUUGAGGUGUGAACAGAAGAUUGCUGGAUCACACAGGAUAUUGUUUUUUAAUUUUUUUGUUUUGAAGAAUGAAUUACAUCGAUGAACAAUCUUAGUGCUAGUGAAUUUAGAGAAAUGGAAAGUUAGUUAUGAAAUUGAAGAACUUUAAUGACUAUACGAGUAAACAAUAGAUUUUGAAAAUAAAAUGACACGAAAAUUGAAUAAAUUUUUAAUACUUUUUGAUAAUACAAAUCUUUUAUAUUUUCCUGGUCAUUUUUUAUCUGGAAAAGUACUGAUUGAGUUGGAUGAUGAAACAUGUGUAUCAGGAUUACAUUUUCAUGUAAUUGGUGAAGGUGUUGUACGAAUACGUAGUCUACGAGCUGAACGAGUUUAUGAUAAAGAGAAUUACAUUGAUUUUCGUAUGAGACUUCUUGGUGAACCAGGUGAAGGCCCAUCUCUGUUGUCACCUGGUAUACACAGCUUUCCAUUUAAAUUGGGCUUACCAUUGGGAUUACCAUCAACUUUUCUUGGAAAACAUGGAUGGGUACAAUAUUAUUGUAAAGCAGCUCUCCGUGAACCUGGUGGAUUAACGCAUAAAAAUCAACAAGUUUUUAUUGUGAUGAAUCCGAUUGAUUUGAACCUCGAGCCUCCUAUAUUGGCACAACCAGCUAGACUUGAAAUUGAACAACGUGUGGGUGUGUCUUGUGUAUCAAGUGGUCCUGUAUUUUGUAGAGUAAGUCUUGAUAGAGGUGGUUAUGUUCCUGGGGAAACUAUUGGCAUUUCGGCAACUGUUAGCAAUCGUAGUAAAGUAACAAUGAAAUCAACAAAAGCGUCAUUAACAGAAACAAUCCAAUAUUUAUGUCGAGGAAAAAUUUUAGCCAGUGAAACCAGAGAGUUAGCGAGUAUAUCACGAGGAAAAAUUCGACCAGGUGAAGGUGAAGAAUGGUUAAACGAGCAGAUGUAUGUGCCACCAUUGCCUCCUACUAAUCUACGAGGGUGUCAUUUAAUAAAUAUACUUUAUCAUGUUUAUUUUGUUAUCAGCCCAAAAAGCUUAGACAAAGAAAUAAAACUUCAAAUCCCAAUUAUAUUGGCUACGUAUCCUCUUGAGCAAGAAGGUGCACCUGUUGGAAGUUCUACGUCAAAAAGAAAAGCUCAUUAUCCAUCAACCUUACCAAUAUUUCGGCCUUGGCUUGAUGACAAGGCCUUUGAAGUACAAGAAUAAUAACUAUAUAUUUUUCUACAAUAUUCACAAGUACUUUACUAAAAGAAAAAUUAAUUAAAUAAUAUGAUAGCAAAUACAUUAUUUAAUGUAUUUCAAUGAGCAAUAAUGUUUAUAAUGAUACAACUAGUAACUGAUGUGAUUAACGACUGACUACAAUGUUUUAUUACUUUCGUAAAAAAAAUUCCAUGUUUAUUGAGGAAUUUUUUUACUUUCAUACGAUCAACACAGAUUGUAUGAUUUCUUUUUUACUAAAGAAAUAUUUAGGUUUUUAUAAAAACCUGUAAUAUUAUGCAUCAUAUUCCCACACUACGUAAGCUUUUUCUAUUCAUGAAAAAUUUAAGUAAUAGUCCAGUCAAUAUGCUUCGAUAGAGCGAAAAUUGAAAGUCAUUUGUGACCUCACAUAUCAUAUUGUGUGUUUUUGUUUAUACAAGAAUUGCUUCUAUUUUAUUAAAUAUCUUGAAAAAACGCUUUGAAGAUUGAGGCAUGAUGCAUAUAAUUGUCAGAACUUUUUAUAAGAAAAAAAAUAGACCAGUCUUAACUUUCCAAGACUAAUUGUUCUCGAGAUUGUUUAUAUGACAAGCACCAUUUUUUUCAAACAAUUAAUUGUAGUUCAUCAAAAAAUAAUAUUUUUAAAGUUUUUUUUUUCUGUCAGAAACUAGAUUUAUGCAAAAUGGACAAAACAAUUUAGUAUUUAUUAAAUGUCAUUACUUUUUAAGAUAAAAAAAAAUGUAUUAUGACAAGCUUUAUUCAGUUUAUACUUUUUUUUUAUCUUAAAAUAGGAAAUUGAUUAAUA